AAUCUUCGCUUACAUGGUGGUUAACGUAUAAUAUAAAAUACCACGCAAGUCCAGAAGAUUUAACUGUUAAAAUGGUUUCGAUUUGCCAUGUCGAACAGCAUGUGAAUCCAAAAUUGUGGCUUUCAGAAAUCCGAAAAGAACUUGGGAAAGGUUUAACAAAAGAAUUAUGG